AUGGAUAUAGCGAACGAUGAUUCAAGUGUGUGUGUAUUCAUGGAGCAAAGUUCCCUGAAGACAGUGGAAGCAUGUUUAGUCAAGGAUCAGCAAAUAGUCGAAGUUAGAACCUGCCAAAUAGAGGACAAUUCUCCUGCUGAUGGGUUUUACUCUGUUUACAAGUCUAUUGAAUAUGAAGGGGAGACUGUUCGAGUGUUUCCAACUAAUCAUAAGACCGUUCCAUUGGUUCGGUUGCAGAUUUUGACAUGUUUUUUUAUGUUUAUGGUGCUUGGUAUCAAUGAUCAGGCAACUGGAAGCCUAAUACCAACUUUGACCAAACAUUACGAGAUUUCUAAGGUUCGGGCAUGUUCUGUGUUUAUAUGUCAGACUGUGUCUUACAUUACUGGUUCGCUUUUCACAGGUCGGUUGCAUGGGCGCUACGGUGCCCGGGGUGUUGUAUUGGGAGCCGUUACCAUUAGCAUAAUCUUCUACAGCAUUUUAGCCUUGCAGCCUUCAAAAUUCUAUCUCUAUACUCUAUGCUACAUGCCAUUGGGUUUCUCUGUUGCAUUGAUCGGUGCAAUGUGCAAUGUUGUUAUUGGAAGUUUGGAGUUGCAUAAAAAUGAAUUUCUAGGAGGAUUGCACGCAGCUUAUGGUAUUUCUUCAUGCAUAACGCCCCCCUUAGUUACUAACAUUGCAAAAAGGUACACAUGGUCCGAUUUCUUCUUCUUGCCAUUAUGUCUCUCCAUUAUCUCUCUUAUCUGCUGCAGUUACGCUUUUAGAUAUGAGACACGGGCAAAGUUUAACUACGUGUGUGCUAUUGCUGACAAUGGCCUUUAUGCAGAGAACCAUCUGGAAGAAGAAGAAGAACCAUCACGUAGCCAGCAAUAUAGAGUGUCUGUAAUUCUAGGCUCUCUAUAUCUUUUCUUGUAUCUAGGUGCUGAGAUUGGCACAGGAUCAUGGUUAUUGACUUAUCUAUUGGAAUGCAAAAGCAAUGAUAGCGUUGCAAUGUCUUACAUGAACACGUCCUACUGGGGAGGACUAACUUCGGGUAGAAUAUUCCUAGGCUGGUUGACUAGCCGUGUGUUCUCUAACGAAUACAAGGCCAGCAUAGUCUAUGGCAUACUAACCCUAUUCUUCUACUGCAUUUUCGUAAUUGUUGGGUUCGCUGACACCACUAUGGAUGGUUAUUUCGCUUACCUAUUUACUGUGGUAUUUUUCGCAGGUGUGUUCAUUGGACCGCUAUUUCCUAAUUGUUCCAUCGUUUUACUAGAACUAUUACCCAAGAGAGUUCAGAUGCAAGGUAUGGGGAUAAUUGUGGCAUUAUCUAGUGUUGGUGGGGCAUCAAUUCCCUACGUGAUCGGUUUGAUCUUGGAUUCCAUCGGUUUUAGAUGGUUCCCUGUCGUUGUCACUUUCAUGGUCUGCACUUUCAACGUCAUAUGGUGGUUAUACCCUUUAUUUAUCAAGAAUCGCACAAUUGUGUCAACAUAUUGA